AGUUCCAACUCUGAGAAGUUGGGAGUGGUGUGUGUUAGGUCUGGGCUGGGAUUGGACUGUAGAAUCCCCUUGGGAAGGAAAGCAAAAGUAAAAGAGUUUUGGGAGAGGGGAGAAGCCCUUCCUGCACUCACCCCGAUGCACAUUCACCUAGGCCUAGAAGCAGGGUGCGGCCACUAGGCUGGGGAGGGUCUGUGCGUGUCAAGGGUGAUGUCGACAGAUGCUGGACCCAGGAAACUCUCUACCCCAAGUCGGCCUGCAGGGCCUCCAGGGACCAGCUUGCCAACAGCUGGACUUGAUCACCAGCUUUCAAAGUGAGGUCACACAUCUGGUGGAAUAACAAGCAAACUUUGCUUUCCGGCUGUUUUUAGAGGAUUUUCACAGCAGCGGCUAGAAACCGGGAAACCACCACCUAGACCCUUGACUCUUCUCAGAGAGGCACAGCAUAGGGGAGUCCACCGUGGGUGGUUUGCAGGACGAUGCUGGCCCUUCAGCGAGCUUCUGCUUUCCUGGUUCUGCUCCUCUCAGCUUUUCUGCCUCCGCCACAGUGCGCUCAGGACCCAGGCAUGGUGCACUACAUCUACCAGCGCUUUCGAGUCAUGGAGCAAGGACUGCAAAAAUGUACACAAGCAACGAGGGCAUACAUUCAAGACUUCCGCGAGUUCUCGAAAAACAUAUCCGUUAUGCUGGGACAAUGUCAGACCCACACGACCGAGUAUAAGAGUGCAGUGGACAACCUGGCACUGAGGGUCGAACGUGCCCAGCGGGAGAUUGACUACCUAGAGUACCUGCGAGAAGCCGACUUGUGCGUAGAAGCAGAGGACAAGAUGCUGGCGGAAAAGCUAGUCCAAGAAGCCGAAGAAGAGAAAAAGAUCCAGACUCUGCUGAAUGCAAGCUGUGACAACAUGCUAACGGGCAUAAAGUCUCUGAAAAUAGUGAAGAAGACUAUGGACACACAUGGCUCUUGGAUGAAAGAUGCCGUCGGCAACUCUCCCAAGGUUUAUUUCUUAAUUGGAUCCAGAAACAACACUGUUUGGGAAUUUGCAAACAUGCGGGCACUCAUGGAGGAUAGCACCAAGCCAGGCCCCCGGAAGCUCAUCUUAACACAUUCCUGGCAGGGAACAGGCCAAGUGAUCUACAAAGGCUUCCUAUUUUUUCAUAACCAAGGAACUUCCAAUGAGAUAAUCAAAUACAAUCUGCAGAAGAGGACUGUGGAAGACCGAAUGCUGCUCCCGGGAGGAGCAGGCCGAGCGCUGGUCUACCAGCACUCGCCAUCAACUUACAUUGACUUGGCUGUGGAUGAGCAUGGGCUCUGGGCCAUCCACUCAGGGCCAGGCAUCCAUGGCCAUUUGGUUCUCACUAAAAUUGAGCCUGGCACACUGGGAGUGGAACACUCAUGGGACACUCCUUGUGGAAGCCAGGAUGCAGAAGCUGCGUUCCUCUUGUGUGGGGUUCUUUAUGUGGUCUAUAGUGCUGGUGGCCAUGGCCUGCAUCGCAUCACCUGCGCCUAUGACCCACGAGGCACUAUCAGCGAGGAGGAUCUGCCCAACUUGUUCUUUCCCAAGCGGCCAAGAAGUCACUCCAUGAUCCAUUACAAUGCCAGAGAUAAGCAGCUCUAUGCCUGGAAUGAUGGAAACCAGAUCAUUUACAAGCUCCAGACAAAGAGAAAGCAACCUCUGAAGUAAUGCAUUACUUCCCAGAGGGAGAGGACCUUGGCCUUGGAAGCUUCUCUCCAGGACAUGGGUGCCACAGCCCCUUUUACAAUACUGUAUCCCUCUAAGCACAUACAGCGAUACAGUCUAGAAGUCAAAAUGCAUGUGUAUUCUCCCUGUUGUUACUGCCUUAGAGACCUUCUAAGAGCUUAAAUGAGAGUCUGUCAUUCAGAAAUUUCAACAAAUUCUAACCCAUCCAAACCUCCCAGCACUCAAAGCCUUCCACAUUCUGAUCCAGCUUACUUCCAGCCUUUUCUUUUACUAGCAUUUACUCUAACUCCACCCAUCCCACGCCUCCAAGCAGUUAGACUUGUGGGCCACCCCUAAUACUCCUGGCUUUUCUCUUCUCUGGCCUUUGCUCAAACUCUUUCCUCUUUUACACAAGCCUUUUGAUAUUCUAUUUUUACUCCCCAACUAAACUACUAUUUUUUUAUUGAUGUUUAAUCUUGAUUUUCCCUGGCUCUGCCUCUCCAUCAAGCUAGAUAGAUAUAAUAAUAAGUUAACUACAUUAACAUUUGAAUACCACCUUCCAGGUACAAAGUGUUUGCACCUAUGUUACAUCAUUUAAUUCUUACUUUAGUCUUGUAUGUAGGACAGAUCUUUGUAGUUGCCAUUUUAGAGAUGAGGAGAGCUUAGGUGAGCCAUUCAAAGUAACACAGCUACAAAAUAAAAGCUAGAUACUGCAAAUCCCAUCAUUUUUUCAUUGCCCCAGGAAGCAUCAAAUACAAGGGAGGACCCCCCAAAACAGGAAUUAUCUUCUAGAGGGCUGGCCCCUUGUAAUACAGACUUUGCCCCACUAGGUAAAUGUUCUAGGAACCCAUCUGUAUCAGUGUACCAAUUGGCGUUGUUGUGAGAGGCUGUGUUUGGCUUCAGGGAAUUUUUUUGAAGACCCUCUCAAUGGGUUUACCCAUUUCAUGAUAAGCGAUUUACCAGCACACUGGCCCACACUGCACUGAGUAUUCAGCAGCUUUUUGACCAAAGACGGCACGACCAUCAUGCCCCACCCUCCCUAUUCACCUGAUCUCAUCCCAAGGGACUUUUUUUUUUUUUUCCCAGAUGAACAGGAUCUCAAAGGGCAAUGUGUUACCAAUGUGGAAGAGGUGAAACAAACAAGUGGCAGAAGCAUUAAAAGGAAUCAAAAUCAACAAGUUCAAAAACUGUUUUGAGCAGUGGGAAAAUGUCUUAAUAGGUGUAUUGCAUCAGAUGGAGAGGACUUUGAAGGUGCCUGAAGUUUAAACAUGUAAGAAUAAAUACACAAUUUUUUAUAAAUAAAUUGCAGUUUUUUUUUGGUCCCCCCCCCCCGUAUGCAUGUUUGUUAAACGAAACUUUUAUAAGCAAUACAUUCAUCAUUUUAUACUAAAAAUAAUGGUCUUCCCCUUUAAACACUUUUCAUGUCCCCACAAGACCUUCCUAUGGGGUUUUCAAAAGCUACUUACUUGCUCCAGAAAACCAGCCUGAGGGUGAGGACCCUACCUCUAGUCUCCUCUUGUCUAACUUUCCCUGCAUCUCUCUUCUUGCUUGAGAUACAAUAAAACUGACACUAAGCAAACAAAUCUCAUCGGGG